ACAAAAACAACAGCGCACGACCAGCUGGUCCAGUGCAUCCCAAACACCACCAAUUGGCCAAAGUUGGCAGGAAAAGCGAGGGCUUUUCUCCGCACCUUGACCCACUUGCGGACACACAAACGCCUUGCCAGUUCAGAGAAGUCAUGUACUGAGCCAGCCGAGAAUGCGGAGCCCAGCAACGGACAGCGAGCACUCGGAUUCGGACUCGGACUCCGUCGGCUGCUCCACGGACAGCCAGUCCAGUGGAUUGGGCGCGGUGCGCCACCAGCGACGGAGCACCCAGCGCACGGAUGUCUUCAGCCUCAAGGCCAUGGCGCCUAGGCCCAACGCCGGACCCGGCGGCUGGUUAUGUCUGCUACUGCCGCUGGCCUUUGUCGUUCGCCUGUUGCACGCCACGCCGGCAUGCAAGGAGCAGGCCAGGAUGCAGUGGCUCCUCACGGUGGCCGCCGGCGGCAUGGCCAUCGAAACUCUGUGCUUUUUCGUCUACGCCUUUGUGAAGACGGGCAUCUUGGUUAAAUGCCUGGUGAGCCUGCUGCCCGGAGUGGCCACCAGCUUGAGCUUCUACCUGCUGGUGGACACCUCGCUGACCUUCGCCAUAGUCGUCGGUUUCGUGAUGACCUCGGCGUAUCAGCAAAUCUAUAUUUACACGCUGCGAGGCUUCCAGCGUUGCUUCACCUACGGAGAAGCCUCCGUUUUUGUCCAGGGACUGGUGCUCUUCGCGUUGAGUGCCAUCCACCGACUAGGUGGCUUCUUCUGCGGCGGCUCCUGGCCAAGCGAUGAGUUCGAGACGCUCGACAUGAUCAUGGUGAAUGCCCUGUUUUGCCUGCUGCUGUUCUGCGUGGCACUCGUCCUGUUCCCUUCGCUGAGGAAGCCGCUCCGCUUCUACAUGUGGACAGUGCUGCUCCUUCUGGCCGUCACCUGUACGCCGGUGACGCGACCUCUUCCUCUACUGGCACUGGUGCAGUUUCUGCUCCGGGAUGGCGAAAGAUUGGCCAUCCUGGUCUUCUACAUGCUGCUGGUUGUGCUAACCUGCCUCACGGUCGCCUGGCAAAUUGGUAGCUCUGCGAAGGCCAAUACACGCGUGCGCAAGAUCUUCCACCUGCUGAUUGUUAUGGUCUACAUCCCUGGACUAAUCUUCGAGUGCGCCCUGCUGUACUUGGCCACUGGCGUGGCGCUGGCUGCUUUUGUGGUCCUGGAGCUGCUGCGUCUGCUGAAGAUUCCGCCAUUCGCCGACAGACUAGCUGUGGCCUUCAGCACAUUCAAGGACGAGAAGGACGCCGGAGAGCUAGCUUUGACGCCCUUCUGCUUGCUCAUCGGCUGCUCAAUGCCCAUUUGGAUGACACCAUGUCCGUGCUCCGGCGGCAACACUCUGGCCUUGCUCUCGGGGAUUCUAGCAGUCGGCGUGGGAGACACUGCAGCCAGUGUGGUGGGCUCAAAGCUGGGACGCAACAAGUGGGGAAGAUCUUCCCGAUCCCUGGAGGGCACCAUUGCGUUCGUCGUGUCCAUUCUUAUAGCCGUCUGGCUGCUGGAGACCACCGGCUUGGUGGCCAUGAGCCAGGCCAAGUGGUUCGCCACCAUUUUUGCAGCACUGAAUUCUGCUUUGGUGGAGGCGUUCACCGACCAGGUGGACAACCUGGUCCUGCCCCUGAUAUUCUAUACCAUUGUGGGCCUGGCCUAAUUGUAUCCAUAUUGAUGUAUAUUAGUUAUAAUGUCUGCAUUCCUCGGUUUAUUUAUAUAUAAAAUUGCGCGGUUUAACCAAAAGUCGAGGGAGCCCUUUGGUUCAGUAUGAACCAAUAAAAUUGUUUAAUAAGAAAGUUUAUAAAACUAUUUUCCUUAUCACAA